AUGACCGAAGCAUCUCAACGACCGAAUCUCCGAAAGCGUUCGAGUGUUUUCGCGGACGCUGACUACUCGUUCACGGUGAUGCUUCUCGGUGACAGUUGCACAGGGAAAACAUGUCUCUUGAUACGAUUCAAAGAUGGAACUUUCCUCAACAACAAUUUCAUUUCCACAGUCGGAAUCGAUUAUCGGAAUAAAUUGGUGCAAAUCGAUCAGUCAAAGGUGAAACUGCAGAUUUGGGACACAGCCGGGCAAGAGCGUUUCCGCUCGGUGACUAGCUCUUACUACCGAGAUGCAGAUGCGCUUCUUCUUGUAUUUGAUGUUACAAGUAGACAAAGUUUCGAGAAUAUUCGCAGCUGGCUCUCGCAAAUCAAAGAGCACGCCAAGGAGUCCGUUCAAUUGACGAUUGUCGGCAACAAAAGUGAUCUCAGCGGACAACGAAAAGUGAAAAUCGAAGAGGGGAGACAAUUGGCGGCUUCCUACAGCAUUCCCUACAUUGAGACAAGUGCGAAAACUGGGCACAACGUCGAUUUGGCUUUCAAUGAUUUGGCGAGAAGACUAGUCAGCUCAUUCACCGGAUCAAAAGUCGUCAUGGAACGGAUACUCCUACGGGUGCUGUGGUUCACAAUGAUUCUUAAAAUUAUUUCCAUCUCUCAACGACACAUUUUCCUUGGUUGGGUUGAGCCAUUCUCAACAAUCGGAGCAAUAUUGCACUUACUGGGUACUCUUGCCACUAUUCUAUGUCCU